UAUUUUCCACUGCUCCUCCUCUGGUCCUCACUCGGUGUUUCAUUUUGUCUCCCUCCUCUCUCUCUAAGGUUCUUCUCUCUCUACACUCUCCCUCUCGCAUUUCACCCGGGGAUCCAGCGGCGGCGCACAGGAGGACCAGGCGGCGGGGCGCGGGCGCUUCCAGAGAAGGAAGGAGCUGCUCGGGCGCCUGCCCUGCUCGCGGGAGGAUCUCACCGCCGCCUUCCCUGGAUCCGCGAGCAGGAGGGGGUCGCCACCCUCCCUCGGUUCGCACGCCGCAGGAGGAGAAGGGGCCCGCGCCGGAGCUGCGUCGAGCCGCGCCGGCCUACUUGAUCCACCGCGGAGCAGCCAACAGGCAGUUGAGCUUUCCACUCACCACGUGAGCGAAUCUGCUUCCCGAGCCCACCAAUCAGUUUCUAGGGGCUCCCCCGUUCAUUUCACCCUCUCUCUCUCUCUCUCGUCCCUCAUUCUCCCUCUCUCUCCACUCUACUUCCCAUUUCAUGUGAUUCGUCUCCGUCGCCCAAAAUCUGGCGAUUUCAUGCGGUGGAAUGCAUAGAUCGAAGUUGGAGAGGCGAGGAGCACACACAGAGGUGAAUCAGUGCCCAUUACUUCCAUGGAUUUGUUGAUGUUCUUCCGUUGUUCUCAUGUGAAACGAACAGAUUUUUUUAGUAGAGGGCAAAGCCUAAUCGAGGAAGGAGGAGGAAGAGGCCCGCGAUUGUAGGCGAGUCUCGAUUCCAGCAUAAUUUUUCUUUUUCCUUCCGUGGUCAUUGCAGCCUAUCCCCUGGACAAGCCUGUUGCCUCGUUCCCAUCAUCCAAUGUGGUAGCACUCUUAGCAGAUACUAUAAGAUGAACAACAGAGGAUACUGAAAAGGUAGAGACAGUAUCGUCAUCGAAUAACAACGGCUACACGAAGAAGAGGAUGUGACGGAAUGUUUAUGUCAUGGUCGGACUUCAGUUCAAGAGGCGUAACAAAUCAGGAGUCAAGGAGGCGUGAUCUGUUAGGAUUAGUUGUUAGUUUGUUUCCCGGUUUGUUACCAGGCUUGGCAUUAUAUAAGUCAAGACCUGUGGUAGUUUAGGUUCUAUGCUUAUUGUAUCUUAGAUUGGUUUUGUCCCUGCCUUCCUGUCGCGCCGUGGAGCUUCAGCCAUUGCUCCGGCGCGACGUCGAGGUCCAGGGCCACGGCCUACUACUUCCUUUCAAUACAAUUUGCGUCAUCUUCCUUCCACCAACUACAAUCCUACCACUGCCCAUAACACCUUGGUAUCAGAUAGCCUUGGUUCCGUGUCCAUGGCGGCUGACGACGAGAAAAACGCCCUGGAAGCGACCGUCGACGACAUGCUCACCACCCUCACCGACCUCGCCGCCAGGGUUUCCGAGCUCGCUACGCAAACCGCCGCCCUCAAACCCUUGCUCCCGCUCGCCAAACAGCUUGACGGCCUGCCGGACAAGGUCACCACCCUCCAGGCAGCGGCGUUCGAAGGCGCAAAUCAAAUCGCCGCCCUCAGCCUCGCCGUGACGCGCUUGGAGAAGGCGCAGCGCGGUGACCACGGUCACCCCACGGACGACAUCGCGGGGGGAGACGCGUCAGCGUCGGGGCCCCUCCCGUUCCGUGAGACACCGCACCUUCCUCACCGGGACGCCGAGGACGACGACGGCGACCCACGCUUCCACCCGCGCGCACGCAUCGAGUUCCCGACCUUCGAUGGAAAGGAGGACCCCCUGCCGUGGUUGAAUCGCUGUGAGACCUUCCGGUGCCAGAACACACCGGAACGCCGGCGCGUUCCAUACGCGUCCCUCCAUCUCACGGGGUCAGCCCAACUCUGGUUUUCUCGGCUAGAGUUGACGUCGGGUACUCCGUCGUGGCGCCGGUUCGCACAACUCGUGCAGCAACGCUUCGGGCCGCCCAUGACGGAUAGCCCCAUUGGCGAGAUCAUGAUACUUCGCCGGGACGGGACCGUGAACGACUACACCGACAAGUUCCUCGCCCUCGCCUGCCGUGAUGCCGAUCUGACGGAGUCCCAGUUGGUCUAACAGUUUAAGUUCUACACAUCUAUUUCUCUUUUCUCAUAUUCUUUCCCUUUGAAAAUGCUUGCAUUGGUAUCCGAGUUUGAGAGAACUAUGAGAUCAGUAAGUCUCAUAUUCUUGAUGUUUCUUCUUUGCGUUAGUCCUGGAGCUUGCGUGAUCCAGUUUAUCCAGCGCAGUCGAAAGCCCUAUCACUGUGAUUUGGUUGUAAAAUACAGUAGAGAAUAGACAACAAAGAUUAGGAGCUGGCCCUGACACGUGCAUCAGUUUUCUCCAUUUUAGUCUCAGCCACGGAUAGUAGGGACAGGGGGGUUCGAACCGCAGGGACUUGACUGCUACUACACUGAAUUGAAAACAGAGCUAGUAGUCGCUCGAUUUUUAGGAUAUUUUUGCCUAUGGAUAACCACAUAGUUGCUACUACCUUUAGCAUAUAUUUUUUUUAUAAAACCCAUCUGAGAAUCUAUCAAAUGCAUUUCAAAUAAGCAUACCUUUUUUAGCCACACAACCUUAGCACUGACAAGUGGGGUCUU